AUGGAUAUAUUAGAUGAAUUGGAACUGGUUCCGGCAGAACAUCGUCAAGAAGUCGAAAAUGAAUACAAAACUCAAAAAAACUACGAGGAAGCAGUUAGGACUCUUGAAUACCGCUCAAUAACAACUUCGGCUUCGGAAAAUUCGAAGAAGUUGGUAUAUGUCACAUUUUAUACGCAUUCGGACAAAAAAGUAGUUCAAAUGUAUUUGAGUGAAACUCAUGCUCUGGAACAAGUUUCUGGAAAAGCAGCCGAGUUGCUCCCAACAAUACAGUGGAGAGUGUUCUCGGGCACCCAAAAUCAAGCGGAUUUCGAAUUCACAAGCUCCCAUCAAGUCUGGAACUCUAUCAAACGCACUCCAAUCUGCAAAUUCUACUACCUUCUGGUCCAUCUUGAACGUCUUCAUCCUGUCAGAUUCGAUGAUCAAGAAGCUAAUUGCGAUGUGUGUCAUCAGAAGAUUUUUGGACAUCGCUACAAGUGUACAGAGUGUGCAGACUUUGAUAUCUGCCAGAAAUGCGAAGCAAAAUCUCUGCAUCCAGAGCAUGCCAUGCUUCGAAUCGUCAGAAAGGGAACAACUAGAAUUCCUAAUUAUAUUACUAGUAAUGCUCCAAGAUAUGUGUUUCCUUCUGUGUACUAA